AUGUCGUCCGCCCCCGCCUCAGCUCACCUUCUCAAGCGUCAGCUGAAAGAGAUGCAAAACAAUAAAGACAUUCCGGGUAUCAGCUGCGGUCUACACAAAGAUAAUAUCUAUGACUGGGAGGUGAUGUUAAUGGUAUCCGACGAUGUCAAGUACUAUGGAGGUGGAUUCUUCAAAGCUAGACUCAUAUUUCCAAAAGAAUACCCUCUCAUGCCGCCCGAGAUGAAGUUCGAGAGUCCGAUCUGGCAUCCUAAUAUCUAUCCUGAAGGCAAAGUCUGCAUUUCCAUCCUUCACCCACCGGAGGAAGACAAAUACGGCUAUGAAUCGGCUGCCGAACGUUGGCUUCCCGUCCAUACUCCCGAAACUAUCCUUGUCAGCGUCCUUAGCAUGCUUUCUUCGCCAAACGACGAGUCACCAGCGAACCUUGAUGCAGCAAAGAUGUGGCGAGAAAAUCUUCCUGAAUUCAAGAAGAAAGUUAGAAAGUGUGUCAGGGAUAGCUUAGAGGAUGCGUUUUGA